CGUUUAGUUUGCAUUUAUUCGGACGCGGUUGCACUGCCCGGCGCGCGCUCACCGGCACCGCACGACGCAACGACGCGCACGCACAGUCCACUACCUCGUCGGCACCGCUGCUCGGCUGGUGUGGUCAUCAUUCCGGCACUCGCGGCCAUCGCCUACGUACGCGCGACGCUCACUCGGCGGCACGUACACGCGUACGACCAACGUUUCGUACACCCGAACUAUUAUUUUAUUCUAUUUCCGUAAUUCGGUUUUUCUUUUUUUUUUCCGUCAAUCUCGGUUUUCGGUUUGUUUUUAUUUCUGGUCCGCGAUCGGACGGAAUAGAUUUUAUUGGUUUUUAUUUAUUUAUUUUUUUUCCUCCCGAAAAACGUAACAGUACUCAUUCGCAUCGCUCGCGUGUUCGUUUUUCCGUUCGUUUCAUCGCUCGCUGUCAUUGAGCGGCCCUAAUUAAUCGUUUCCACUGUACGCGGCACCGACGACAAUGUGAACGAGCCCACGUGAAAAUGAUUGACUUUCGACUACUGAUCGACUUUUUUCCGACGUGCCGGCCACCGUCGUCGGUAAUCAUAUGAGGACAACGAAUUUUUAACGCACGUGGUGGAACCGUCAAUACCGCUUUCAUCAUGAGGAUUAAAAUGCCUGCAGUGCGUAUCGCUCAAGCGGAUACGGAUCCGACACAGAGCACCGGCAGCGCCGAUCAAGUGGACCUGCUGACCUGCGGCCAGUGCCAGCGAGUGUUCCUGCUGUCGGACAUAUGCCGGUUCGUCCAGCACAAGGUGACCGGGUGCGGCAAGGACCCGCUGCUGACUGCGGCCAACUGCAACAGUGGUGGCGGCACCGACGACAGCAGUGGCGGACCGCCGCCGCCGCUGGACAACGGACUGUCCGCGACCAAGACGAAACCGUCGCAGCACCACAACCAUCACCACCGGUCGCAGUCGCCGACGGUCGACGAUCCGCUGGCUCAUCACCAUCACCAGAGACGGCCGCCGUCGUCGAGCACGCCUAAGCGGUCGUCCGACCACCACCGGAACAACGGUGGCGGUGACGACGCGAUGAGCUCCGAGGACGAGAAAGCCGCGGCCGCGGGACGAGUGAAACAGGGAUCCGAGUCGUCCGAGGAUUUGGGCUACAAGAAGUCGUCCAACCGCUGCUCGGUGUCGUCGUGCGUGGACGCCGAAUCCAACACCACCAACACAGAGCCCAGCAGUUUCGUGUGCUGCACGUGCAAAGCCAGGUUCAACUCGUCCUGGAAGCUGUUGCAGCACGCGCAGACCGCGCACUCGUUGAAAAUCUACACGGACGGCACCCCGUCGCCGGUGUCGCAGUCCAAAAAUAACUCGUCGUGCUCGUCGCUGGGCUCGUCCGGGUGCUCGAGCAACGCCUCGUUGCCGGGCAUGUCGGCGCUGCCCUUGGCCCUGAGCAUGCCCUCCAGAUUGAACCUGCACCCGCCGCCACCGCCACCGCCGCCGCCGCCGACCAGUAGCGGGCCGCCGAUGGUCGACCCGCCGCCCAUGUCCAUGCCGCUGCACAACCCUUUUGGAGUUGGAGGCUUGCUUAGGAUGCCGAUGGGCGAGCCUCCCCAGCGUCCGUCCCCGUUCGCCGGGACUUCAACCAUCGGCAACCCGCCGCUGUUUGGCCGGUCGUCUAGUCAUCAGGACCACCAAUUCCGCAUGGAGCAGCUCAUGUCUGAGCAGUUCCGCAUCAACCAGCAGCAGCAUGGGUUGGGGUUCGCCGUGGCCGUGGCCGCGGCCAACGCCAUGCCGACGUCCCCGUUUCCCGGGCUGGCCGCCGCCGCGGCGGCCAACGACCGGAACAACCCCAGACACCCAGCGCCAACGUUACCGGCCCUGAAUCUCGAUCCACAGAUGGAUUUUUACUCGCAGCGAUUGCGGCAACUCGCAGGUACCACUAGUCCCGGGGCUGCUACUGCACCAAGUUCGUCGCCUUCGCCGCGAAAAAUGACACCACCUUUCAGCAGCCCCAACAACUCCUCCGCAGUAACGGCCGCCGUCCCGACGCAGCCGAACACCGCGGCCGCGGCGGUCAUCGCCGGUUUGAACAACAACAAUAACAACAACAGCAACGUGAGCAACAACAACUCGGUCGAGUCGUCCGAGCACGACAGGGUCGGCGGCGACGCGUCCAGGAACACGUUGGACUUGUCGUCAUCCAACGCGUCAUCCAAGGACAAACCGAACGACAUGAGCGGUCAACAACAGCAGCAGCAGCAGCAGCACAUCGGCGCCGAAGAGGAAAAGACCCGGGAGUGCGAGUACUGCGGAAAAAAGUUUCGGUUCCUGAGCAAUUUGAUCGUGCACAGGCGCACGCACACGGGCGAGAAACCGUACAAGUGUUCCGUGUGCGACCAUGCGUGCACACAGAGCUCGAAGUUGAAACGACACAUGAAAACGCACCGCCGGUCGAACCGGGGAAACGGGCUGGCCGGUGGCGAGCGUGGGACUGCCGCCAAUGGGGUGGUGGAUACGAGCUCGACACCGGACUUAACAUCCAAUGAAGACGACGAGGACGAUUCCGAGUUGGACGAUGACGACGCGGAAAUGGAGGAGGAGGAGGAGGAGGAGGAGGACGACGAUGAAGAGGACGACGACGGUGACGGGGACGAGGACGAUGAGGAAGAGGACAUGGAACUAGAGGACGAGGACAAUGACGACGAGAACGAGGGCGGCGACGUGCCGGAAGACUUGACCACUAAGUCUACGUCGUCCGCGGAACAACACGACAAGAAGUCGGGAAACUCUGAUCGCACGUCGCCGGCGGAGAACGCGCCCGGCGACCGGUUGCUGCCGCCGCCCAGCUCUUUGGUGGGCGAACUCAUGAGCAAGUUCGGUUUGAGCAACAUCCAGCAGUACAGCGAGGCGUACAAACAGGCGCUGAAGGAGUCGUCGUCGAUCCUGCCGCCGCAAUUCCGGAUCCGCCGGAAGGACAACUUCCGGUUGCCGUCGCCAAUCAUCCCGGAUAACAACAACGGGUCGGCCAAGUCGGCGAACCCGUUGCGCAACCUGGAGAAUGGGCUAAGCGACAAAUCGAUGGCCGACCUGCGGUUUCGCGAGGAGCUCACCAAGAACCUGAUCGCGGCCGGCCAAAAUCCGUUGGACCUGGUGGGCGCGCAUCCUAACAUCUUCGGCCCCGGUUCGGCGUUCGACAACCCGUUCGACCCAUCGGCAAAACGGUUGAAGCUGGAUGCCGAGAACCCCCAUCACCCGCUGCUGACCCGCGACCGGUUGUAUGCCGCGGGCAUGUGGCUGCCCGCGAUAGCCGCUCACCACCGUGGCGAAUCGUUUCUGGGCGGACUGCCCGGGGCCGGCUCCGACCGUUUGAAGCCCUCCGGAGGCGGUGGCGGUGGUGAGUCCGGCGGUGGUGGCGGUCGUUCUAAACCGGGUCCCAGUUCGCUCUCGGUGGCGCUGAACCUGGGCCUGCAGGGACACGCGAAGAAGGAGUCGCGGCGCAACGACACGUGCGAGUUCUGCGGCAAGGUGUUCAAGAACUGCAGCAACCUGACCGUGCAUCGGCGGUCGCACACCGGCGAGAAACCGUACAAGUGCGAGCUGUGCUCGUACGCGUGCGCCCAGAGCUCCAAGUUGACCAGGCACAUGAAGACCCACGGUCGGCUGGGCAAGGACGUGUACCGUUGCCGGUUCUGCGAGAUGCCGUUCUCGGUGCCGUCCACGCUGGAGAAGCACAUGCGCAAGUGCGUGGUCAACCAGAACAUCAAGCUGGAGGGCAACCAGUACAUCAAGAUGGAGGACGGUACCAAGCUGGAAUCGUCCGGCAUGAAGCUGGACGGUGGCUACAUGAUACCGUCCAUGGUCGACGACGAGUCCUACAGCGGGUCCGUGUCCAAGGACAACACAUGACUCUUCCCCUGGAGGGGUUUCAGCCCCCUCCCGGUGCAAAGCACGUACUGAGGGCGUAUGCAAAUAUAUAUAUUACCGCUGAGAGUUUAUCCGAAGCAACAACUUAUUGCAGUACAUAUUCAUAAGUAUGUAUGCGCGUUUGCGUGUGUGUGUUACGCGUAAAACAAUAUCGAAUACGAAUAGAUCUCGAAAACGUAAUAUAUAACGAUAGUAUAACAGUAUAUAUUAUUUUAUUCAAACAGUUUUUUAUGUUAUUUUAUUUUUAUUUUUAUUUUUUUUUAUAAAGUUACCGUUUCUAUAUUUCAUAUUAUAUAUCAUAUAUGUAUUAUGUUCGUGGCACCUCGUGCCCCUCACAUAUAUGUAUAUGAAUAUACUAUGCCGCCGCCAUCACCCCAACCCACUUAGGUCUGGUGUCAAUACAAAGUUUUAUUUUUAUUUUUUAAUCUUCUUUCAUCUGUUUAUAUUAUGGCUUCCCCGGUCGAGACAAAAAAUACGGGCAUUAUUCGCUCGAAAAAAAAAAAAAAAAAAAAAAACGUUCCAUUCCACACGUAUACGUAUAUUAUUUUCCGAGCGAUCUCCGCGGUCGCCGAACAUUGUACAGCUAGCGAUUUUUUUUCGUUCAAUUUUUUUCCACGCCGAUUCCGUUUAAAUGAAAACACACAUUCCCACAUAAGAACGACAAAAGUUCCACCCCUGAAGACUGCAAUUUAGAAUUCACUUCACGUACGAUAAUUAUUGUUUAUUUUAUAUAUUUUAUAAUUAUUACUUUCCGAAUGUUUUAUGUGUGACGUAUAAACACAUAAAUCAGAUGGGACACGUGAUUGUGCGAAGGAUGAAUAAUAAUGAUAUAAUAAAUGAUCCACAAUAAUCUCGAAGAACAUUCCCAAUUAUUUUGUAUAUAGAGUAUAACGUGUCUAUCACGUCGGAUAUUGUAUAAUAUUAAAAUCCCGUUUGAUAUUAUUGAAACAUUUUUUGCUCGUGUAAAUACUUUUUCGUCGUAAAAAUAAGUACAAAAUUUCUGAAGUUUAGAUAGAAAACACGCGGCAUCCAGUCGUGUAAUUUUUUUUUUUUUUUUAAUUGUUA